AUCGUCCAAGUGUCCGUGGGAAGCAGUGGCAACCGCAUCGGCGCGUCCUUCUGGGAAGCGAUCUGCCAAGAGCACGGCGUCGACGCGGCGGGCGCGGGCGCCGGUCCCGCGUCCUACUUCAACGAGACGAGCGACGGCCGCUUCGUGCCCCGGUCCGUGCUCGUGCACGCGGACAAGAGCGGCUGCGACGCGACGGUCGCGGCGCCGCUGGGCAAGCUGUUCCGGCCGGACAACCACGUCUAC